AUGUGGAAGCUAUCAGGUAAGAUGCAUAUCCUUGAUUUGGGUAGUGAUUUUUUUCUUUUCAAGUUUAAUAAUUCUUUAGAUUAUAAAUUUGCUUUGUUAGAAGGUCCUUGGUUUAUUGGAGGUCAUCAUCUUUCCUUGCGAAGAUGGAAACCAGAUUUUAAACCAUCUGAGGCUUCAAUGAACACUACGGUUAUUUGGGCUAGACUUCCCGAACUACCACUUGAAUACUUCGAUAAAACUGUAUUGGAGAAGGUAGGAGCUAAAAUUGGUAGAUUGAUUAAGGUUGAUGCAACCACUGAGCAUGUGUUAAGAGGCAAAUUUUCUAGAGUUUGUGUUGAGGUGUCUACUGAUAAACCGUUAGUUCCUCUAGUUAAAAUUGGGAGAGUUUUACAAAAGGUUGAAUAUGAGGGUAUUAGUAUGAUAUGUUUCAAUUGUGUAAAAAUGCCACAUAAAAAAGAUAAAUGUCCUUUGAUAGUUCAGGAUUCAACUCCGAAUACUAACACUUUUAACAAUGCAGGUGCUCCAAAAACUGUUAACUUGGAGGAUAACUAUGGUACCUGGAUGAUUGUCGAGAAGAAGAAGAACAAAAAUAAAGGGAAGCAUCCCAGUAGUCAAGACAGGAAGCCAAAUAGCAGUAUCUCAGGCGUUUCAAACAGAUUUGCGUCAUUAGCUGAGCAGAAUGUCAUGGAGAAGAAUGAACGGGGAAGUGAAGAAGCAUUUAAUGCUAAGAUUGAUAACAACAACUCGCACAUUAAUGAUGUUAGUGGAGGGAAUGAUAAAAGAUUAGAGAGUCAGUUACAAACUAGAGAAAUGAAAGGGUUUAAUGGAUCCUCUACUAAUGAUGAGUUAUUACAAGUUAAUCAGGGAAGGAAUUUGAAUAGAAAGAAUAACAGUUUCAAUAAAUCUGAUGGUGGGUGUGUGAAAACUGCUAUCCCAGUUAUUAUGAAUGAUCCAUUAAAUAAAGGGAAGGAUAAAUUAGACUCUUCUACCUUCCUUAGAAAUAGAGGAGUUGAUGGAGGACAACAAUCAAUCACAACAAUUUCAUUUACAAGAAACAUAGGAGCACAUGGAGGACAACAUUCGGUUCCAACAAAUUCUUUCUCAGGUCUUUCCAAGACCAUUGGAGGUUUCUUGGACAGUGGAAGAAUUGUUAGUUCGAAGAGCCCAAGUAGAACUUCUGGCGAUGGAAAAUCAUCUGACAAAAAUUGUGAUUGA